CCAGUGUGCCAGGCGGGCGGGGCGCGGCGGGGAGGGCGCAGGCUCCUUCCCAGCAGCAAAGGCGGAAACAAAAGAGCCCGGCGCCGCCGCCCGCACACUCGCGCACCGCGCCCGGGCGCACACGGAGCAGCCCCGCGAGGCGGCAGCCCGGGACACGCGGACCCGCCGCAGCCCCCGCCGCCUGCCCCAUGGCGCUGAAGCGGAUCCAGAAAGAACUAAGUGAUUUGCAGCGUGAUCCACCUGCUCACUGCUCUGCGGGACCCGUGGGAGAUGACUUGUUCCACUGGCAAGCGACCAUCAUGGGGCCCCCCGACAGCGCAUAUCAAGGCGGAGUCUUCUUCCUCACUGUCCACUUUCCUACAGACUAUCCCUUUAAACCACCAAAGAUUGCUUUCACAACAAAAAUCUACCACCCAAAUAUAAACAGUAAUGGAAGUAUUUGUCUUGACAUCCUGAGGUCCCAGUGGUCGCCAGCUCUGACUGUAUCAAAAGUGUUGUUGUCCAUAUGCUCGCUGCUCUGCGACCCUAAUCCAGACGACCCCUUAGUACCAGAUAUCGCACAGAUCUAUAAAUCAGACAAAGAAAAAUACAACAGGCACGCAAGAGAAUGGACUCAGAAAUAUGCAAUGUAAAGCUGAAAACACUUUCACUUAUACCAGAGUACUGUAAAAUCUAGGUCUUUUUCAACAUUAGCGGUAAAUCGAGUGCCGUUUGCUGUCUCCUUUGUUCCAUGAGCCCUUUGGUUUUCACUCAUUUUAAAUGUGUUUAUGAAGCAAGACAAGACAAACUUCCAAACACACCCUUGAAACGACACCGAGAGCGUUUAGCGUUUUGUGCUCGUCAAGGAGGACAUUUAUUUUGGUCUGACACACUUGGACACCUGCAUCUCCAGCAAGAUCUGCGCUGUGACUGAGAAGCAACCAGAUGAUUUUUUUUUUUUUUUUUUUUUUUUGU